AUGUCGCCUUUGCCGAGCUUCUCCUCCCCGUCCCAGUCCCACGCAGCUUCCGCGGCGCCUCGAAAAUCGUCUCAGGCCGCUGCUGCUGUUGCUGUGCCAUCCUCUCUGAUUCGCCUCACGCCUCUCCUCCUGGGCGGCCUUCAGGCUAACCUAACCCCCAUCCUCCUCCCCACCUCCACCUCCCCCACUCCCACCACCACCACUCUCACUCCCACCACACCCACCUCCACCGCACUCAACCCCAAUACAACCACUCUCACUCCUGGCUCCACUGCCGCUGGCGCUACUCCUGGUAGUCUCAGCGGUGCGUCGGCACUGCCAGGUGGCGGCGCGUCAGUGGUCACUUUGCUCGUGAAUGCGGCCAAUGGGACGCUCGGAUUCGCCCUCCCCUGGGCGCAGGGCGCGGGUGAAAACGUGCAGGCGGGGAUCUACACCGUGGGGGAUAUGCUCAAUGAUAUAAUCUGGGGGGAGAACGUGCAGGCGGGGAUCUACACAGUGGGGGAUAUGCUCAAUGCAUCACGGUCAAUUUCUCGUGAAUACAAUCAUGCAUACAACCACAUGCUCACUGACUCUCUUUCGCUCUCUCCCCUCCUCGCCACCCGCUCUACCGCUCCUCCCCACACAGCAUCGUCUCCUCGUCUCGUCCUCCCCCUCAUGGGCAUGGCGGUCAAUUCUACCCCCGCUGUUUCUUCGGCCACACGUGCCACGUCAGCAUCCUCCUCCUCCACUCCCCUUGAUCCCUUAACUGCAGCAGCAGCAGGUGUGGCAGGUGCUCUGGCGGGACUAGGGACAUCUGCUGCAGGUGUAACGGCAGGGCCAGGUGUAACAGCAGCGCCAGGAGUUUCUUCAGGUGGGAUGGCAGGAUCAGGUGGUGCGUCAGGUAUCACAGCAGGCCCCCGAGCCGCUGCAGGAGCAACAGGAGCGGGCGAAGCAGCACCAGCAACAAGCACAGCACCAGUUACACAGGGGCCUCGCAGGGGCUUAUCUGGCACCGUAGCAAACCCGGUAGCUGCAGCAGCAGGGGCAGCACAGGGGGCAGUGCAGGGAGCAGUGGGCGGAGCAGUGGGGGCAGUGCAGGGCGUGGUGCAGAGGGGUUCAGGGUGGUUGUGGGGAGCUGUGCCGGUGCCAGGAGCAGCGUUGGUGAAUAUCCUGAGGAAUCCGGGCCAGUACCAGCUGCGGCUGUCCGUUGGGAAUGGUGCUGAUGCGGCCUCCUUUGCUGGUCGUCUCGUGGUGAGUGGAAUGCAAAAUCCCAGGUGA